GGGAAUUCGGUGCUUGCGGCUGGGUUUACGUUCGGCAACAACCGAGGCCGCUGGGUGGGAAGGGCCACGCCUAUCUUCAGGGCCCCGUCCACCAAGGUCGUCUCCGCCACGAUCUUCGUCUCGAGUCCUGGUCUUCCUGACAACGCCGUUUACAAUCCCUACGAUUCUCGCCGCAGAGGAUACGGGGCACAGGGGGGAGGAUUCCGACCGCGCAAUCCUUCAGGCCAGGUCCGAGGCGGCACGAUUCUUUUUUCCAAUGACGGAUUCUACAGGGAGGUCGACCCAAGGGAGAUCAUUUAUGGCAGAGCUCUACAGGGAGCACUGACUAGUGAUAGUCAGACGAUCGUGACACUCAAUGAAACUGACGGCGCUGCCGUCAUAGUAAAUCCUCAAGUUCUGUCGUAUGCAAAUGUAACUAAGUAUUCAAUCGGUAAUGAAUUCGACAAGGAGCCACUUCAUUUUGAAAGGCUUGGUGUCCAACGCAUUGCGAAGAAAAUUGAUGUUGAAUUCGUCGAAAAUAAAACUAAUCUUGAGAGCGAAAAAACAACGUUAACAAUGUCCCGGGACAAUGAGGACUCGAGCCGCAAACAUGAAGACCUUAUUGACACGCGGCCCACAACUGACAAUGCCAGAGGUGCAAUCUCACGCCAAAGACGCGAAAAAGACAUAAGAUUCAUCCCUAAAGAACGCACAUUAACGGCUGUCCUCACCGUGACAUCGGGCGACACAGACCAUGAUGUUACACAGAUACAGGACAGAAGCGACAGCCCAGACACCAACGAACAACCAAAAGACGAUGAAGGUCAUAUGUCAGGCCUGCACGAACUCCCGAGCAUCGACACAUUCAUCAACGGGGCGCUCUUCUUGGACCUGGUGGACCCCAGUCAGGCAGGGGAACCUCGAGAGGCCGCAGACGGAGCGAGAGGCGGAGCGGAGGUGCGGCGGGACACCACCACUGAGCCCAAGGAGUCCUCGCUUAGGCUACCAACAGGAGCAUCUGUUGAAUCCUUUGGUGAUGUCGCAGACGUCCCAUCUGAAGCAACUUCAACCAUGUAUCAUGAAACGCUGAUUGGACUGGUUUUAUAUUUCCUUUUGACCUUUCGUGUGCUACAGCUUUAGCCAGCAAACCCUGUAGUACUGACAGCAGUCAGCUCUGAAACACAAAAUCAAGCGUUUAUGUAAAUAUAAACUUAUUGUAACAUAAUGAUUAGCUAUAAACACGUACAAUCAUUAAAGAUAAUCAAACCAAUAGGGAAGCAAAAGUACAUAAAUGUAUGUUUAUCUUACAUAAUUUUUUCACACACCUACCUAUAUAUGUG